AGUGUGAACGCGUGACUUGGGUAUGACGAUAAAUUAGUCCGAUGAUUUAAUCGCACCCGACUUAUAACAAGCGGAUUCGCGCUGUAAUCGUUCAGUGUGUAUAACGAUACCCAUAGUGAGUUAGUUACAGUGCAAAGUUUCGGUACGCUCGAUAUUCAAAGCUGACAACCCAUAGAGAUUCAGAGAAAACAUGGCCCGUGUUCUGACGCACUUUUUACCGCUUGUGUUUGUUUUGACAAUUUCGCUGGUUACAACUGUCUUUCCCAAAAGGCAGUGUCCAAAAGCCUGUAGAACAUACAUUGUGAGUGAAGUAGAUGCAAAAGUCAGUAAAGCUGUCAGGAAUGUUGAAAAAGGAAAACGUGGUCCAAGAGGAAGACAGGGAGUUGAAGGACCUAUCGGGCCUCAGGGUUCACCAGGCCCUCGUGGAGAGAGAGGUCCCAUGGGUCCUCAAGGACCGAGGGGAGAGCAGGGUCCACAAAUUUCCCUUCCAAUAUGUGAACCCGGAGAGUACGUCACAUCCGACGGGAAGCAGUUAAAAUGCGUUAAAUUUGGUGAAGAAGUUUGUAGAGCUGUAUCGAAAUGCGACGGUACUUCAGGUUACCAACCAACAACGCCCACUCUUUCCACAACACCAACUCCCACUCAGCCUCCGGUGAAAGAAAACGUAACCAUGACCAAGUUUAUGAAGAAAUACAUGAUACAAACCCUGUACAUGGACGCAUGGGACCUAGAAACGUUUUACAUAGGCGAUCAGCUUUUCCUUGGCGUGUCCCAGCUGGGAGGAAAAAGCUUUGUUAUUUACAAGUGGGACAACGACCACAGUGACAAAUCGUUGGAACAAGAUUCCAGUUACAGCCCGUUCCGCAGUUUCCAAAUCCUCAAAGUUCCCUUCAGUCGAAAAUGGAAGCAUUUCGUCAUCGGAGAAGACGUCUAUUUUGCGGUGGCUAGCAAUUCUCGUUCACACGACUCUCCGAUCUUCAAAUGGAAUGGAGAUAUGUUUGUUCCGUUCCAGAAUUUACCCACAACAAAAGCCUUUGACGUGGAACCAUUUAAGAUCGGCCAAGACACCUUCUUAGCCGUGGCCAAUUAUUAUGGGCGUAGCUCACAAAUUUUCAAAUGGGACGGUGAGAGGUUCGUCAAGUUCCAGGAUAUCGCUGCUGUAGGAGCGGAUGUAGAGCAUUUUGAAAUGGAUGGUACCACGUAUUUGGCUGUCACAGGGCCCUUCGCACGCGGCGCCUACGCGUUGAUCUACAAAUGGUCUGGCUCCACCUUCGAAGAAUUUUACCGGCUUCCCACAGGAGAGCGUGCAUAUGGAGUCAAGGCACUGUCUGUUGAUGGUAACCAUUUCUUAGCUGUGGCCCGUUGGCAAGCACAGACCUCCCUUAUUUUCCGAUGGAAUCAAACACAUUUUGACCUCUUCCAAGAAGUUCCAUCAAGAAGGGCACGUGACUGGAUCUCGAUCACGUCCCCAUUCAUGUCACGUGAGAAGACUUACCUAGCAAUUGUUAGCAGCGACCAAGAUCCGAGUAUCUAUGCAUGGGACAGGUACUACACGAAAAAAUUUGUCAAGGUACAAGACAUUCCAUCGGAGAGAACGCGGGAUAUGGUGUUUUUCAACAUGGGUGAGAGUGUGUACUUAUCCGUGGCUUCUCACAGAAGCACUGACAUCUACCAAGGAUCAUAGAACUGCCUAUCAGUUCUUUCACUGAGAAUAAGACUGCCAAGUCAUCCCAAAUGUCUCCACCUUUAAAACCGCGCGGUGUUCUCGCGCGGAAGGGAUCGCUUGAAUGACGCAUAGUGAAACAUUCGGCUUGAGUUCAAAUUCGUAAUUUUCAACUGCUAGCGUUUUUCGUGACUUUUUACAUGAUUUUUCACCUCAUUAAUGGAAACUGAUAGUCAACAAUGAGAACUUCAUCAAAAUCGAAAGCGUUGAUGUUCUUUUUAAGGAUCGAACAAGUUGAAGUAAGAUUUCGUAAUAUUUAUAGCAACACAUAUUAGACAAAUUUGUAUAUAAUCGAACUUUAUCGAGGACAGUUACCAUUUUUUGUACCCAUUGCGUACCUAUGGUUUUUUGUCAUGCAACUUAUGACGAGUUUGACGGCGUUUCCAAUCAUUUUAGUACAAUGUUAACGCCAGAAUAAAAUCGAAACAGAGUUAAAUAAAUCAAGUAGUCGACAGAGGGAUUUAUGCCGACAUGGGUCACUAUAGUUUAAUAGAAUAGUAAUAUAUUAUCAAUAGACCUGCAUUUGCAGACAGGGGAAUGGUAGGAGAGGCAGACAACAA